GACCACCAGCUAAGCAAGAGAAUAAAAGCAACAACAUAUAAUUUAAGAAGUACACACAUUGUAGCUAAAGUUGUCCACGAACUCAGAAAAAAUGGCGGGGGAAGAGACGAACGAAACUAUUCUCGAGGCUCGCCGCAAAUUGCAGGCCAAAUUUGACUCCCGUAUCGGUGGAAAGGGAACCCAGAGAAGAAAGGUGAAGGCAAAGACCAGCUCCGUCGUUGUCAAGUACUUGAGACUUCUUAAGACAUAGCUCUCAUCUCCUGCUUUCCCUCUCAGUUUUUUCAGGCAUUUAUCUCGCGCUUGCCACGUUCUUGAGACAUCGGAUAGAGGAUUUUCUGGUGCUGCAUUUUUGGCAUUUGUGAUAGUGAUAAGGCCCAGUUCACCAUGAUCAUUUUCAUAGAAACACCCACCAGGACUUAGAUCUCCACUACCAAAACUCCACUACAACAGUGACGACAAGAAAUUGACAUCGCAAUUUAAGAAGAUGGGAUUGAACCAGAUCCCAGGAAUCGAGGAAGUCAAUAUGUUCACCGCAGAAAACAAGGUUAUCCACUUCAAGGAACCGAAGGUAAUCUAUCACCUAAAGAGGUUGUGAUUAUUUUAGAUUUUUGUCUUCUAGUACGCAUCUCCAAGUACAACCUCUCAGCAUCACUUCUACUAAAUCUCCUAGCGUCUCCACGUUCUUUAGAUCCUUGCGAGCCUCCAGGCUAACACCUACGCCGUUUUGGGUAGUGGCGAGGAGAAGAGCCUCACGGAAAUGCUUCCGAAAGUUUUGAACCAACUCGGUACUUUCAUUUUUAGACUAAUUUGUUGGUACUAUUUCUAAAUUUUGUGCAGAUGAUGGGUGUGACCACAAGUAUCUAUCAUGCAUUCACAAUCUUUCUGGCUGAUUUUCCCUCAAAAAAUGUUAGGUUCCGAGAACCUGAUGAGUUUGCAGAAGGUGAUGCAGCAGCAGGUUGCGGACGGCGCAGUGCCGGCUGUCGCCGACGACAAGGACACGGAUAUCCCAGACCUGGAAGGAACCUUCGAAGAUGCAGCGAAGGUUGAGGAUGUCGAAGUCGACUAAAGGGUCAAUAUUCAUGGAGUUGUACUGCAGCAUGAGAAGGAGAACUAGUAGAAAAUGAUCGAUUCGUAGUGCUGCUUUGUACCCCUGGCGGAGGAAGGUAUAGGCGAAACUACGAAAUGGCUGUUAAGAGACAAGACGCAAGGAAGUCUUCACUCAAAUCGGGUGUGCAGCUUGACUGAGCCGAACCUGAAUUACACGUCUGAGCAGGAAACCAAAACUUUUCGCGGUUUGGGCGUCCUAGUGCAAAACAACAAGCGGCAGCUUCGAGGUGCACGCGUGAUGAGGGAUACCUUGCGAUUUCUCGGAUUCUUCCAGCAUCACCAGGCUGAUCAUGACGCACUACUCUCUCCCACACAGAGACCAAAGCAGCACUACGAGAUUAUCAAAAUAAGUCCUUUAUGUAGUUCACCACACAUCAUGUAGAAGAGAAGUUGUUCAUAUGAUUCCUUUCAGAUAUUUAUAGCACUUCCCCGAAAGAAAAUGACCUGUUCCUCGUAGGUCGCACUGAUUUUAUUCUAUUUCUUGUAUAACAUGCUUGUUCUAAAUUUUUAUGUAGUUGAUGAUGUCUAAUAGACUUGAAGCUUGAUGAUGUCCCAAGAAGUUGAAGCUAGAAUUUUUAUCCUGUACUACUAAUGUCAGUCCGCGAAUCAUGUGUGUCCUUGUUGCUAUUGCUUUCGGAUAUCCGCUCGUACGGUGGUACAAAGGGCUCUUCUGAUUCCAUUAUUAUGUGUGGAGGCUGCGUGUCCGUGAGGGAAGCACAUUCCAUGUGCUGGACGCCUCUCUGCACAUAUGUUGCCACCGGAAGACUUGAUAUUUGUGGUUAGAAAGAUCAAUGAUGAAGCCUCUCCUAACCGAAACUCCGCAUGAUUGAAACUUUGACCCUUUCGCCAUGGGCAGGAUUCGACCCUCUACAAGGAAGUUCUGCGGAUCUCAAAUGAUCACUGUUGAGCACAUUGAGCGAGCUGGCACAACGGCCAGCUUUACCGGUAUCAGAAUCACGAUCUAGAUUAGAAAUGUAUCCCCGUCUAUCAUCUC